AAUACACGUCCUAUAAAAUGAAUAAGAAAACCAAGAAAGGAAAGUAUUUAGCAUUCUUCUUUAUGCAUUUUGUUUUCUGUUUGAUUUUAGCUUGCUUUUUGUUAAUUAAGAUUUUUUUUUAUUUUUUUUAUUUUAUACAUACAAUCAAUAUUGGGAUAGGAGAAUUUGAGUUGACCUCGAGUACAGAGAUAAUUGCUUUUAACCACUUGAACUUCAAACUCCCUACUAAUUAAGAUUUCCGUUUUGGCCUAUAAUUUUCCACCAUGAACUUGACAAUUUUAUAUUAAGGUAAUGUUAGUACCAAACAACCUAAAGAGUAAGAACUGUAAAUUUCAAAACCGGCAAGUCAAAAUAAUUCAAGUGUGAUUAAAAUGAGUUAUUUGAGUAGAUCACCCUCAAUUCUUCCGUUCAAAUAUGCAAAUAAAGGAUUCAAACUAUUUUAAAAAAAUUGACUAAUUCACACGCAAAUUGACAAGUGCAACAAUCCGUCAAAAUAGUAACAAAAAAAAAAGGCCGUCAAAAUAUUAAAAUAAAUAUGUAAAAAAGAAAAUAUGAGAAGAAAAAGGCCCGUGAAGGAAAAUAUUAAAGAUGGAAAUUAAUGCCCGGCCCAAUCCACGUGUCUGCUUAACCCAAAGUCCGUAUCAUAACAGUUCCGUCAUUCAAAUUCUGCUUAAUUUUCGAUCUAUCCGCCAAUCUUCCCCUCCACAUUAACCCCUUUAAACCUCUCUCUCUCUCUCUCUCACUCUCACAUUACCUUCUCAGCUACCUCGUCAGCUCUCUCUCUAUCUCUCUUUCUCUUUUUACGUAUCUGAAAUCCAUCGUUUUCUUUGACAAUGCUCAAAUUGCUUACCUUCAAACCCUAGACUUCACCUUCCAUAUAUAAAUCAAUCUAUUUUCAUAAUAAUUUCUCUGUAUUAACUUUCUUUGUUUUGUUCAAUUUGAAUCGCGAAUGGCGACCUCAGCGUUCAAAUCAACGACGAAGCGGACGCCGAUCGGAGCAUCCAAGGCUCCGGCCGAAGACUCGGCUUCAUCUAAUCGGAAGUCGUCUCACCGGCGCUCUCGGAGCCUGAGCUGCUUCUCGCGCGGGUUACCGGAACGGACGCCGACGGCUGAAGGCUUCGAUGACAAUCCGGCUCCCAAAGGAAGGUUCGUGAACACUGUCAGAGGCUCGGGCUUCCCGGAGAUCAGCCUCGACGACCUCGCCAUCGAGCUCUUCGACUCCUCCGGCGACCGAGGCCGCUCGGUUGCGCGUGGUUCCGAAGCUACACCUACUUCCAGCGCGUCGCAGAGACGAGGGAGGUCGGUUUCGAGGCACGGCUCGAGAGUGGGUGGUGGUGGUGAUGUAAGAGGCAGUACGAGUAAUAAUUCAGGUGGAGGAAGGGUAAUUUCGGAAAGUAAGGGGAAUUCGAGGCCAAGGCGUUCGGUUUCUGUUGCUCGGUAUCAGAUUAGCGAUUACGAGAGUGAUCUAGACCACAUCCAGAAUCGCAGCACUGCUAAGUCAAAGAACUUAAGUAGUGCAAACAACCAGACACCCUUGUCACGCAAGUCAACAGAUUCAAAUUAUAGACAAGGAUUGAGAAGAUCUCUUAGCCAGAAAGAUUUUAAGUGCCAUGAUGGUUACUCUAGCCAGUCUUCGGUCGUAACUGAUGAUGAGGGGAGGGAUGCUUAUUCCAACAAAAAUGGGGUUGAGAAGACUAUCCGGGCUGUGUAUUCAGAGAAGAAGGCAGACCACCCUGUUGGUAAUGAUGUUAAAAGUGGAUUUUAUGAAGCAAUGCGGAAAGAACUUAGACAUGCUGUGGAAGAGAUUCGGACAGAACUUGAACUUGCAAAUGGGAAAACUAAACCCACUGUUUCAGCAGAUGGUGAUUUACGUUCUAACAGUAAAGAUGUACUUCAGGCAGUUUCUUCAAUCAGGAUGAAUUACUCUUCCAAAUUGGAACAGUCAGAAAAACGAAAACAAGAUUUAUUAGCUGAAAUAGUACUGGAGGAACAACAUAGUAGGGAGCUCUCUAAGAUUGUCAAAGAAUUGCUUCCUGAACCAAAGAACAUUGUUGGUGCAGACAAACCAUUACGAACCAGAAGGAGGAGUAAUGACAGAGGUAGGGUUUCUAAGCGACUGACUGAGGAGGCAGAAAGAUAUAUUGAGGACUUCAUUUCAAAUGUUGAAGACACAGAUAUAUCAUCGAUUGAUGGAGAAAGGAGUGAUACAAGUUCGAGUAUAGGCGGAAUAACAAAGACCGAAACUUUUCAGAAUCCAGCUAUGUCGACUCCUCUUCCUGUUGCAAUGGAUGGGGUUGUACUGCCUUGGUUGCAGUGGGAGACUAGUAAUGAUGCUACUCCUAUCGGAUGCAAGAAUAAGACUGAGCCACCGGAGAUCCCAAGUAUUCUACCAUGGGAUAAUACUGCUCAGGGAGUGAUCAGUGCGCAAGAGCAGAGUAAUCAAUCGGCUAGCAGCCGUGGAAGUUGGAGCCCUGGAAUAAUUGAUGCCCUGUCAAUUAACAUCAUGGAAGAUGCAGGAAGUAAAACUGGAGGAUCUGGUAGUUACGAGUGCCAAUCACGCCUCAGUGGAUCAACUGGUUCGUGCUUUGACAUGGAAGAGUAUCUCCAUCUUAAGAAGAAUGAUGAUUUGCUCUUGGAAAGGUUGAAGCAACAACAGAGAAUUAGUUCCGGUGGUCUCCUGCUAUGUAAUCGAAUGCUUUUUUAGCAUAAUUUGUUUCUCUCAGGAUGCUUUCACUCCGUUGUAAACCACAGUAAUAACUUUGUAUAGAAUUUUCAUUUUGCUUUACUCA